AUGUUCCAAUCAAAACUGGCACUCCUCUCCACGUACGCCUUACUCGCGUCUGCACAAUCAUGCCCCUCAAUUCACGUGUUUGGUGCCCGUGAAACGACCGUAUCUCCAGGCUAUGGCUCCGCCGGCGCCCUGAUUGACAUGAUCAAGGCAGCUCACCCGGGCACCACAUCUGAAGCCAUUGUCUACCCAGCUUGCGGGGGACAAUCUUCCUGCGGGGGAGUCGCGUACGGCGAUUCCGCGAGACAGGGAACAAUUGCUGUUGCUGCGGCCGUGAAUGCAUUUCACUCGCAGUGUCCGACAACUCAGCUCAUCCUGGUGGGAUACUCGCAGGGCGGCCAAAUCAUGGAUAAUGCUUUGUGCGGCGGAGGUGAUCCCGGCGCAGGCAUAUCCGAUACAUCUGUUCCCAUUUCCUCCAGCGCGGUUGCCAUGAUCAAAGCUGCCAUCUUCAUGGGCGACCCGCGAUACGAGUACGGAUUCACAUACGAAGUUGGAACUUGUCGAGCCGGCGGCUUUGACGCCCGUCCCGCGAGCUUCAAAUGCCCCAACGCAUCCAAGAUCCAGUCCUACUGCGACUCCCAGGAUCCAUACUGCUGCACCGGCAACGACGCGAACCACCACCAGCAAUACGUGAGUAUCUACGGACAGCAGGCAAUGACGUUCAUCAACGGCAAGCUGAGUGGUAAUUCUGGCGGUGGCUCUGAUCCCGGGAACGGGGGAACUGGAACAUGUGCUGCGUUAUGGGGGCAGUGCGGCGGGAUGGGAUGGACGGGACCAACGUGCUGUGCGCAGGGGAGCUGUAAGGCUGCUAAUGCGUAUUACUCGCAGUGUCUGAAUUAG